AUGUCUACAACUACUAUAUACGUUAAUGAGAAAACUGGAGUAGACUCUGCUGACCAUUCCGGUUCAGAAUCUCAGCCAUUUGCUACCGCGGCUUAUGCGUUAUUUGUCAACCCUGACGCCAAAAUCCUCGUCUAUAAGGAAACCGAAGAAGAUAAGACUAAAUUCGCAUACACCGAGAUUUCCCCAUCUGCAUUGAAAAAAGCUAAAAAGGGGGCCGAAGGGUUGAAGAAAAAAGCUGAAAAGCAAUCCAAACUUCAAGCUGAAAAGGAGUCAUUGCCAAAAGUUGCUGAUGUGGAUUUGACUGCAAUUGAAGAAGACAAAUCUUUACCAGCUGCAAAGAAGAUCAAAUUGAGAUCGAUUCAGGAUAACAUUGGUACAAGAGUACAAGUCAAUGGAUGGGUACACCGUUUGAGGGUACAAAAGGGCUUGGCGUUUAUAACAUUGAGAGAUGGAACAGGGUUCUUGCAAUGUGUUUUGACUGGAGAUUUGGCCAAGGCUAGACAAACGCAAGAGUUGACCAUAGAAUCCACAGUCCUGAUCAAAGGUGUUGUUUCCAAAUUGCCAGAGGGUAAAACUGCCCCAGGUGGAGUUGAAUUGAAAGCUGAUUACUACGAGAUUGUUGGCUUGGCUCCAAGUGGUGAGGAUGCAUUCACAAACAAGGUUCAAGAAGGUGCUGAUCCUUCAUUGUUGUUGGAUCAACGUCACUUGACAUUGAGAGGGGAAAGUAUUUCCGCGGUAAUGAGAGUCAGAGCUGCAUUCUUACGUGCCAUAAGACAGUUUUACCAAGAAGAAGGUUUGUUGGAAGUGACUCCGCCAUGUAUGGUGCAAACCCAAGUGGAAGGUGGAUCAACCUUGUUCAAAAUGAACUACUAUGGAGAAGAGGCAUAUUUAACCCAAUCGUCUCAAUUGUACUUGGAAACAUGUUUACCUGCAUUGGGUGAUGUUUAUUGCGUUCAAGAAUCCUUUAGAGCCGAAAAAUCACACACUAGGAGACACUUGAGUGAGUACACUCACAUUGAAGCCGAGUUGGCUUUCCUCACUUUUGAAGACUUGUUGCACCAUUUGGAAAAAUUGAUUUCUAAAACAGUGCAAACUGUAUUGGAGGACCCAGUUGCUGGAGAAUUGGUUAAACAAUUGAACCCAAAGUUUGAGGCACCAAAAUUGCCUUUCAAGAGAAUGCAAUACAUUGAAGCAUUGGACUGGUUGAAUGAGAGGGGUAUUUUGAACGAUGAGGGUAAGCCAUACUCUUUUGGUGAUGACAUUGCUGAAGCACAGGAAAGGAAAAUGGUUGACACAAUUAACCAACCGAUCUUGUUGACUAGAUUCCCAGUCGAAAUCAAAUCCUUCUACAUGCAAAAAUGUCAAGACGAUCCUAAAGUAACUGAAUCUGUUGAUGUUUUGAUGCCAAAUGUUGGUGAGAUUACAGGAGGUAGCAUGAGAACUGUUGAUUACGAUGAAUUAUUGGCAGGGUUCAAGAGAGAAAACAUUGACCCAGCGCCAUAUUACUGGCUCUUGGAUCAACGUCGCUAUGGUACUUGCGAGCAUGGUGGAUAUGGAAUUGGUACUGAAAGAAUUUUGGCUUGGAUUUGUGACAGAUUCACCGUCAGGGACUGUUCGUUGUACCCAAGAUUCACCGGUAGAUGUAAACCGUAG